CUGACGUCGCGACGCGAGCGAACUCUCGCCGUCCGUUCAUCCGCGGGGUCGAUCGACCGAUCAGCGACAAGUUCUCGGGUAGUGACGUCGGUAAAAGAAUUUUGAAUUUUUAGAGAGAGGGGCUCUUUCGGACGAAUUUUCAUCAGAAAAAAGAGAUAUCUACAAAUAACCCUUCGACUUCGAGAACAUAGAGAACAACAGGAUUGUGUCGCUAUUGAAUCAUCAUGCAGCUUCGUCGAGAUACCAAAACAAUGAUUCUCACUAAAGAUAAUGUUUAUCACACCAACUAGCCUCUCAGCAUCUUUAACCAUUAUUGUAGUGUUAAUAGAACUGUUGAUGAUGGCAGUGAUGGUGCUAUCCUUAAACUGUGUGACAUUUUUUGUUUUGGUGAUGUUCCUGACUGAUACAGUGGUAACUUCCAUAGAACAGACUGAACAGAAAACUGCAGGCUUCAGUACAGAUUUUCAUCGGGAGAGGAGAAGCUAUGAGACCCGUAGGAACAAAAACCAUUCGGCGGGAAAUCUCCUGAAAACGCUGCCUGCCGGUCAUGGUGCGAUUUUCCUGACUGAAAACUCCACCACAAUCGUCGCACAAAUUGGAGGGACAGCUAAACUCCCGUGUGUAGUGAGAAAAUUCAAUAAUGGAGUGGUGUCUUGGAUCAGGAAAAAAGACUCUCCUCCCACCAUCCUCACGGUCGGUGUAGGAACCUACAUUGCUGACGAAAGGUUCCUUGUGGAACAUGCAAGGCACCUGCAGAACUGGGGCUUGGUCAUCAAGCACGUCAAACCUGAAGAUGCUGGGCUAUACGAAUGCCAAGUGUCCAGUCAUCCAACUACUAGUAUUUUUUUACAAUUGACAGUUACUGAGGCUGUAGCUGAGAUCAUUGGUGCCCCUGACAUCCACAUACGAGCCGGUUCGUUCCUGCGUCUGGUCUGCACCCUGAGGCACUCCACAGAGCCUCCUUCGUACGUCUUCUGGUACCACGAGGAGCGCAUGAUCAACCACGAUCCGGGAAUCAGCGUGGCUGCAGACAGAUCUUCCAGCGUCCUGCAGCUGGAUGAGGCUGACACGAGCCACAACGGCAACUACACGUGCUACCCCUCGAAUGCCAUACCGGCGUACGUGAAUGUGCAUGUGCUGAAUGCCACAGAAGAGGAAAACCCAGCAGCGAUGCUUCACGCCAACAGCAGUGACAUAUCCACAGCCCUCUUCAUCAGUAUUCUUCUGGCGUUAUUUCUGAAUGCUUUGAUUGCUUUGGACAGAUGA